AUAAUUUGAAAAUGAGAAUGUAAUCUUAUCUAAGUUACUUAAUUCAAACGAGGUCUAUGUAAAUAUACGAAGAGAGAAAUUACAUGUCGUACUGAUGGUCAUCUAACGCUCAUUACUGAAGAGUAUUCUUUAUAUAGAUUGCCGUUGUAAGGACGAAACGUACAAUGAAAAUGUAACUCAGGAGACACAGAGAUCAUCAGUUCGACAUACGGUAGAGCAAGAUAAAUGUACGUCGACACUCACCCCCAAUCUUUUCCGCGAUGUUACAUUAUUCUCUUAUACAGCUACAAAAAGAACAAAUAGCUAGCGAGCGCGAGGGCUAUUCCGUGGCCCUCUAAUAAAUCACAAUAGGAACAUCCCGUCACUAGCUCCGGAAAGCAAUUCGUCACGUCCACUUCGCGACUGUCCACAGUUACAUGUACAUACACUCUUUGUCUACUUACCCUGUAUAGACUCAUCCUCCAGAAGAGCGUUUCCGUGCGCCUGCGUCCGUAUACAAGCGAUGACGAGGGAUCAUCGAGCGACCUUGAAUUACGGGGAUGAAGAACGCGUUUUGCGAGUACAAUUCCGAAAGUUUUCCUAUCAUCUUGUUUGCAUGCUCGCUUCACUCAUAAUCCGAGCAGCGGCGCUGAAACUAAUCUCCGUCAGCUAUCAACAAUCGUCAAGUAUGGCGACCAAAAGGUUAAGCAAAUUAUGUACUCCUUUUAACAAGUUAUGCAAAAGUAAUGCACUUGCAACAAAUGCAAUAACGCAACGUACGUAUGCAACUGUGGACGAAGGUGACACUAAAGUCAUUCACACUGGUCAGGUGUUCGAGAAAGAUGAUUAUCGAUUGGUGAGAUUCAUAGAUAGGCCAAAAGAAGUUAAAAAUUGGGCGAUUAAUUUGAUAAAUGAAGUGCCACCAUCUCCUAAAAAAAGAAUAGUAGCUUGCGAUGGUGGUGGAGGCCCUCUUGGACAUCCUAAAGUGUAUAUAAAUCUUGAUAAACCAGGCAAUCAUAUCUGUGGUUACUGCGGUUUGCGGUUUUAUAAGGAGGAUCAUCAUUAAGUAAUCACUGUAUAUAAGUAGUUACAUUAUCAAUUUAAAAAUAUGUAUAUAUUUUAGAAUGCAAUGUGUAUGUUUU